CCUUGGAUUUUGAUCCGUCCUCCGCUACUACUGCAUGUGGAGAGUCAGGUUCUAGUGAGACAGCCAAAAAACAAGGAAUACCAACAUACCCCACAACUUUUUUCAACUCACAAAAUGCACCACCGAGAGUUAAAAGGGGAAAAUAAGAAACACAGAAAAAAGCUCUCCUACAUAUAUGCCCUACCACCAUCACCAAACCAAGAUCACAUACACACACACCCCCUUUAGUUUCUAUCUCAUAUUGCCAUCAUCCCACAAUUUGGCAAUACCCCUGAACCCAAACACAACGCAAUUCGUGGAUGGAAGACCACGGCGGCCACCCUUUGCUCCACGGCGGCCACCAGCUCCAGCCCACCGCUGGCGCCGCCACGCUUGCCUACGCGUGGGACUACACGGCCGGCGCUCCGUUCGACGACCACGACGCCGCCGCCGGCGGUGGCGGCCAGCUGGACUCCUGCGCGUUGUCGACGGCGUCGGAACUUCGGCGGGCGCUGGUUCGCGCGCUGGCGGAGCUCGACGCGUCGCGCGCCGCGCACCAGGCGGAGCUCCGGCGCAUGGAGUCCGAGGCCGCGCGGCUCGCCGCGCUCGUGGCGUCCGCGGCCGCCGAGCGGGACGAGCUCCGGCGACACUGCCACUCCCUCCUGCUCCUCCUCCACCACCAGGCCCAGGCGACGGCAGCGCCGCCGGCGCCUACUCCGAGCCUCCACGCCGCCGGCGUUCUCGGAGGAAGCGGAGGAGGCGCCGCCGCCGUCACGGACGAGCACGCGCCGGACGCCGCGGCCUGCGUCGACGACACGGAGCUGGAAAUGGCGCUCGCGCGGCGGCUGCCCGAGAAGGGCCGCCUGGUUGAGGCCGUGGUGUCGGCCGGGCCACUGCUCCAGACGCUACUCCUCGCCGGCCCGCUCCCGAGGUGGCGCCACCCGCCCCCGGCCGCGCCGGCCGACAUCCCACCGUUCAACCCCGGCCGCCAGAGCCCUCUCAAGACCGACGGCUCCAACUCCUCCUCGUCGGCCUCGGCAGGCUCAUCGUCGCCAGAGAGCAAUUGCAGCGGUGGGCCUCCGCCUGCGGCGGCGCAUGCGCUUCCGUCGUUUCACAUGAGCCCCUUCUGCAUGUAGCUGCACGCGUGCAGGACCCCUGCUUACUGGGGACGGGUACAUCACACAUGCCAUGAUUGGCAUGAGGGGCUUAAUUGUCAUUAGUGAUAGCUUAAGUGUGGAAUAAUUGCCGUGAGGUCCUCUAAACUUUGGAUCCUUGCUUGCUUGGACCCUUCGGGCCAACGACACAUGGCUCAUUAUUCACGGAACAAUUGCUCCGGUCUCAGCUCCCACGCGUCGUGUGGUUUGAAAGGUCCAAGAAAAUCUCAAAGUCAGGAGAGGGUCUUGUUCA